GCUGAUAAAACAGAAGCAAAAAAUCUCUCAGACCUGCAUGAAAGGAGUGCAGAUCAGCAGUGUGUUGAUUCACUGGAGACCGAAGAUCCAGCAGAACUGAUUUAUGUGCUGGUUCAGGCUUACAGGAGUGUGAAGAGGAUGAUGGAGAACUUUAUCAAACACUGGAGAUCCAGCUGUGAUCCUGCAGAGAGAUCAGCUCUGCUUCUGUUUCAGCGUGGAGAUUACCACAUCGACGUGUGUAUUAACGACUAUCUGGACGUGUACUGUCCGCAUUACGAGGACUCAGUGCCGGAGGAGCGUACGGAGAGAUAUGUGCUCUACAUGGUGAAUUAUGACGGGUACAGCACCUGCGACCACACGGCCAAGGGAUUCAAGCGCUGGGAGUGCAAUCGCCCUCAUUCACCCAACGGGCCGCUCAAAUUCUCUGAGAAAUUUCAGCUUUUCACACCCUUCUCUCUGGGCUUCGAGUUCAGACCCGGACGGGAGUAUUACUACAUCU